ACGUAGCUGUCAGUUCAGCAAACCAUAACCUUAUAAACUCGUAAGUUUUGUUGAUAAUAGUGAAAACAUUUAAGUUUAAUUUUUUUAAACCUUUAAUACCGGUUUUUUGCUGCUUACUACUUGUUAAAUAUUUCCCACUGUAUUGGCAAAUUCACUGGUGGAUUAAUUUACGCAGUGUCUUUCUAAGAAUGAAGAACUUAAAAUUGUAAACGUAGUAAAAGAAGUGCAUUUAAAGCUCAUUAGGUGAUGGUUAACUAAGUUAUGAGUGACUCUGAUGACACCGACGAGCUUCUUUUAAUUCCUCCAGAUUUUUUUUUGGUCGAGUCAGACUCGGAAAAUUUAGUUUCUACAAUUAGCAGUAACGAUCUCUAUUUUAGUAUAGUAGAUAGUUUAAUUACUCAAGUAAACCAUUUAGAAAAAAAAGUAAAUUCAAUAUCCGAAAUAAAUAGUUUAAGUGUAUCUUUAGAUGAAAAUUCAAGCUUUUUCAUGCCUCAAAAUAAGAAAUUCUGUAGUUUUGAAGAUCUGCAGAGAGCAGUGAAAACUACAGAUUGUUGGAGUGCUCACAGUACUCCUUCAAAGUUGUUAAAGGGGUAUACCCAAGGAGUAUUUUCAGAAAAAUGUUUAAAUUCUACAAAUAUUAAACGCGAACAUUUACAACCACCACCAAAAUUUCCCAUGAAGAGUUUUCAUUUAUCACCAAAAGCAGCACAUCAGGAAGAGACAAGCAAAAAUAAAGAUAAAUAUAGUGAAAUUGACAACUUUAUAAAAUGUGUAAAAAACAUACAAAAGUUAAGCAGUAUAAAAUAUUGCAACAAAGGUAAUGACGUUGAAAAAGACACAGAAGAGUUUAGCAACCUAAUAGAGGAAAAAUUGGCAACACCAAAGUACAUUUCUCGAAACUUGUUCCCUCUUCCCAACUCAGAUUAUUUUAAGAAAGUCAAUUUAUGGCAAAGAAACAUUGAUAGGUUUAUACAGGAAAACAAUAUCAAUCAAGUACCUCAAAAAUUGGAACAGUCUGAAAAGAUAUACCCAGAGACAAAAAAUGAAGAAGAGGAUUGUUCUAAUUUAAGUGUUUCUAGUCAGCUAACUGCAUUGCAUAAUUUUAAUUCGCAAAAACCAACUGAGAAUAACGAUGUAACUGAAGAAACAAUAAAAUUAUCUGUAUCGCCUUCAAAGAACAGAGAAUGUUCAUCUGAGUACAAUAAUCGAGGAGAUGGGAUAAAAAUCGAUCCUAGUCAAGUACCAAAACCUAACAGCUCUCUGGCCUUCUUAAGUUUACACGAUUUGUGGAAUAAAACCGCGGAUAAUUUUGAAGAGGGAGAUUCAUUUCUGUUGAAAAAGCUUGAAGAGGAGAAACUUAUGAGAAAUUACUGUGAAGAAUUAAUACAACAACAACAAAAAUGCAUCCUCGACUUGCAAGAACGAAUUUCGGUAGCAGUUCAAGUGGACCAAGCUAAAGAUGAAGCAAUAGAAGGAUUUUUUGAUGAAUGGUACAAAUUACAAAGCAAGAUCAAAUUAUUGCAAGAAGAUGUGCAUGUAUUCAAACAGAAAUACCAAGAAUCUGAGGAAGAUAAAAGAACAUACAUAAUUGAAUCUACAGAGAAAAUAAAGUCUCUAGAAGAUGAAAUGUCAAAAACAUUCUUAUUAGCCAAUAACAGCCAGGAGAAAGUGGUAACUUUGGAAAAACAAAACGCAGAAUUAAGAAAUAGAGUGCAGAAUGCUGACGAGAAAUAUAAUAAUGCACAAGUUCAGUUGGCGACUGAAAAGAAGAAAAAUUUACAAUUUUUAAAUACACUAGACAAAAAAGAAGAGGAACUUGCCAAAGCAAUGAAGGCGUCGGCUGCAGCCGAGGACGAAACAAACCAAAACAGAAAAAUGAUGGAAUUAUGUCAACACGAACUAAUGACCGUAAAGACGCGACUUGGAGAAUUGCAAAGGCAACUCCAAGAUGAAAAGGAAUGGAACAAGGAUUUUGAGACGCAAAAGGCAAGGCUGUUUCAAGAAAUAGAAGCGCACAGAAAAACUGAGAUUACUUUACGAGAAGAAAUUAGUAAACUGAAAGAGUCCAAUGAAAAGAUGAGGGUGGAUCUAAGAAAUUUUUAUCAGGAACAGGUAGAAAUGGUUGUUAGGGAAAAGUUAAAAGAAUUCCAAGGACAGCUGGAGAAGGCAGAAAACAAUCUACAGUUCGAGUUACGAGCGCAAGAGAAGUCUUUUGCCAAAGCUGCAGCCACACAUAUUUAUCAAAUAACCGAAAAACAUAAUAUGGAAGUGCAAUUGUUAGAAGAACGUCAUCGCGAAGAAGUCAGGCUACAUAAGCUGCAACUAUCGCAAGCUCGCCAACAAUUGGAAGCGACAAGGGCGAAGCUUCAGCGACAACAGGAACGUAUUGUUGAACAAUUGUAUAAAGCAAUGGAAGCUCAAUGGAUCGAGGCUUUAAAAGUGAUCGAAGGAGGGGCUGGUAACAUUAACAGUAGUCCCAGUACAUCGAUACCGAACGACCCAACCCUCGGAGAUCGCCUUAACUUUCUUAAAAGCACGUCCUACAAUAGUUUCGAACGAAUCUUAUCUCAGAACGUUAAUCAAGUAUUGGCAAACGAUAACAAUAACCAAUCAGAAACGAUUACCACUACUGCGGAAGAACAACAUCAGAUUCGAGAGGAGACACCACUCUCAAGUCGAACGCUUAAAAGCAAACAGGAGAUUGAGAACGAGCUCCACAAAUAUAUUCAAAGUCUUAGUAGAAAGUCGCCCCGUCUAAAUGACGACCAACAAUCGAAAUUCAAUUCAGAGAAGACAAAAACUGUUUGCUUAUGCCCUUCACAAGGUUCCUACGAACAAAACCAAGACAAAGCUGCUCCUAUCCGACCUUCUUCAGCUAAAGAUUCCAAACAACUUAAACCCCCUUGGAAAUAACAUAGACAUUCUACAAUUUUAGCGAAUAAAUUAAAUGUCAUGUACCCAUUUUUAUAACUGCCCAUUAUAUUUUCAUAUUAUGUA